ACAUCAUACACAGUAUGCUAAAUAUAACUGAUGAACACUCGAUAUACGUCAUAGCGAGAUCUACCUCAAUUGGGAAUUGAGAGUAAUUCGAUUCAUUGUCAUGAAUUUGUUUGAUUCUGUGUGCAUGUGAUGUUUGGUUCUUCUCUGGUCCUUGUGUUGUAUCCGUCUUCUUCGUAAGCUUGCUAGCUGAACUUAGUACCGGUUAUCGAGUAUUCCACCACCAUGGCACCCAAGAACCCGGUGAUGAACGUGGCCGUGUCUCCGGAAGACACCCCCCUGGAUGACCUGGAGCACACACCCUACCCAUCCGGGUACCAACAGGAGCAGAAGCGGCCACCUUCAAAGAUCGUCUGGAGGAAUGUCGUUCUCAUGUGUCUCCUGCAUCUGGUAUCGGUCUACGCUCUCCUCUUCACCAUCUGGAAGUGCAAGAUGUACACCAUUGCCUGGACUGUUUUCCUUUACUUCUUAACUGGUCUCGGAAUAACCGCUGGAGCACACAGACUUUGGGCUCAUCGUUCUUACAAGGCAAAGCUCCCUCUACGAACAUUCUUAGGCAUGUGCCAAACAAUGGCCUUCCAGAAUGAUAUAUUCGACUGGGCACGAGAUCAUCGCGUCCAUCACAAGUUUUCCGAGACGGAUGCCGAUCCCCAUAAUGCAUUGCGUGGUUUCUUCUUUGCCCACGUUGGCUGGUUGCUAGUCAAGAAACACCCGGAUGUCUUCGAGUACGGAAAGAAAAUCGAUUUCUCUGAUCUCCUGGCAGAUCCAGUAGUCAAAUUUCAGAGAAGGUUUUAUCUACCACUCGUUAUAUUAUUCUGCUUCAUCAUCCCUACGUACGUACCUACCUACUGGGGUGAGUCUGCGUUGAAUGCUUAUUUGGUGUGCGGUUUACUCCGGUACUGCCUCAACCUGAACGCCACGUGGCUGGUGAACAGCGCCGCCCACAUGUGGGGCCAGCACCCCUACGACUACACCAUCCACCCAGCUGAAAACCCCCUCGUCACCACUCUAGCCCUGGGCGAGGGCUGGCACAACUACCAUCACGUAUUCCCGAACGACUACCGUACCGGCGAGUUCGGUUGGCGGAUCAAUCCGACUUCGAUAUUUAUCGACGUCAUGGCGUGGUGCGGUCAGGUUACGGAUCGUAAGUUGAUCGCUCCUAAUAUCAUCGAGGCCCGUAAGCAACGCACUGGGGAGAAGGUUCAACAUAGUGAUUAGAUCUCGUUUACGACACUUUUUUCAGCGUGUACAGAGUAAAGACUGAAUGAUGUAUUAUGGGAGAGGGAUGUAGUAAAUGCGUUCUCUUUAAUUCCCGCAGCAGUAUUCGAAUUAUAUUUUAAACGAGAAUCUAGUUUUCUUUAUAUAUUAAGGCGCAUGCACACCGAAUACGAUCCGGCAAACCGUUCCCAUAACCGUAUAAUAAUUGCGAAAUAACAGUUCAGGCAAUAUCUUUUUGCCUUAUAGUAACGAAAAUCAUCUUCACUUUUCUGUGAACUGUAGUGCCGCUGAACCGGAUUUGAUCUAUUACAACAAGUUUAUUUUCUUUAGGUGAAUAUCUUUUUCUUGUUAUGAAUUCGUUAGUCUUCAACUUUUUUCAGUAAACAAGUACAAAAACUCUGUUUUGAUAAAUAUUACUGAUUUUUAGCAUGGUCAGCCGCCCCGCCCCACUUAUAAAACCUUUAGGGCGAUUCGAACUCAAACUUAGCAUUUGAAAGUUGAUAGAUGUGUUUGAUUUCAAACAAAUAAAAAAGGGGUCAUUUAUUGUAUGGCCCAUUCAUUCGGAACAUGAGCGUGAUGAGAAGAAAUAGAAGUCUUAUUAUUCAGACAAUAUGUUCACAUAUAUUAUGGAGCUGUGUAGAAGAAUUAAAACGAACGAUGACUAUUUUUAUGCGUAAGUAUUGAAUAUAUAUUUUUUAGUCACGUGAUGCAUUUCGCAGAAAGGAAACAGCCGAAAAUCUUUUCAAAAAUGGGAAGCAAUCGCGCGCGCUGCUUCAAUGU